AUGGAGAUGAAUAGAAGAUUCAGCUUAGAAUUUAAUAGAGAUGAAAUAGAAGAUGCAUUUGAUAACAGAGACAAUAUAGAUGAUCAGGACGCUAGUGACUCGGAAAAGCUUCUCUUAACAUGGCUUCCAAUCAUAGGCGACUCUAUGUCUAUUUCAUCUACACACUUGUCUCCAGAGGAGCAGACAAAAGUGCUGGAACUAGCCAAGCUAUAUGUAUAUGAAGAAAUAUUAAUUAGCAAAGGCAAAGCAGACGAUGCUAUCUAUAAGAUGUUUCUGGAAAAUGCCAACAUAGACAUUAUCCAAAAAUACGCCACUAGUAAAAUAGAAAAGAUUUACACCAAUUUAGAGAAAGCGAAUAUUUUGGAUAUAGAUAGAGAGACGUAUUUUAAACAAAAUGUGAAUGCAGCAUAUAUUAAACUUUAUAUAAACUUUAUUCAAGAGGAUCCAGACAUUAGCAAUUCUGUUAGUAGCUGUUUAAAAAAUAUCAGCUCAUAUUAUGACAGUGAGAUCCAAAAUUCAGAAAAACUUACUUUAGCAGACUUAUACAUACUAGACAAAGACGAAAUGCCUCUUAUAGACUAUGGAACACAGUAUAUUUUCACACAGUUUUCCAAGAUUAAAGAUGCAAAUAGCAUUCUAGAAGAAGCUAGAAGAACCAAUAGAAGCAAAGACGAAACUACGGAAGAGUUAAUAAGACUUAUUCCAAUGGAAGAUUUAAAGAUCAUUUCCGCAAUUAAAAACAACUUAUCAGAUAUUAAUGAAGAGAGAAUAGCCUCAUUUAAAACCCGCCAUAUCCUGGAAGAAACACUCCAUAUGGUAAAGUAUAAAGAAGAAUUCAAAAAUGGUUCUAGCUACUAUGAAGUUUCUAACAAGGUAGUCACGUGUUUAAAAGCUCUAUUCUCUUCGAUUUCUAGCCUAUUUGGCGAUAAAGAACAUCAAACUAGCUAUACAAGUAUAAUCCAAAGCUAUUGCAAUGAAAGACUGCGCGAGAUUAAUGAGUCUAUUGAGAGAGUUGGCAACGAAAUAAAAGGUCUAACAAAGGAUAUUCAUGAUAUAAAUGGUAGAAUUUCUAUUAUUAGAUCCCGCAUUGGACAAGGCGCAGCAAGAGCCAAUGAUGAAAACGACUUUAUACUUGAGACAAAAAACUCUAGAGAGCAGACUAAAAAAAAGAAUUCGCUGUCUGAGCUCAAAAAUGAGUUAACUCAAGAAGUUGAGAGCUGGAACAGAUAUAUGGAAAAAAUGAAGUCAGAUGGCGUGAGGCUGAGAACAGAAAACUUGUCUUUGUUUAGAUCACAGAAUGCGUAUAUUAUAGAUAAUAUUAGUAUGUUCAGCGAGGUGAUCAAUCCAAAACUCCAGGCUCGAAAAAGUAUAUUUUCUAACAAAAAAGUGGCGUUUGUGGCAUUUUUACAGCUACUUGCAGUCACAUUUUUGUUUUUUCUGUACUGUUGCAUACUAUAUCACGUGGAUCUAAUUGUUUCACUGUCAAUCCAUAUGUAG